AUGAAAUAUAUUUUUGCAAUUGUUUUUGUGUGCACCCUAAGUGCACUCGCACUUGCCGAUGAGAAAUCACAACCUCCGCCACCACCACAAAUUAAGGAUCCGCAGGUCAAUGUGAAUGUUGGUGGCUCCCCCAAGGAUGGCUACAACGUAAAUGCCGAUGUUCGCAAGAACAUUUGGACCAGUGACAAUGGCAAACAUUCAUUUGAUGCUACAGCCGGCUAUGGCCAGCAUGUGGGUGGACCUUAUGGUAACAGUCGUCCAGAUUAUCGUGGUGGUGGCAUUUACACCUAUAGAUGGUAG